UAAUUAUUUGACAGGUUUGUGUUCUGUCUGUUUCGAUCAUAUUUUACUCAAUCCCGAGAUCGAUCUCGCAUCACUGGGGACGCUUCGAUCUUUUUCCGUACAAUUUAUUUUUUAAAUAUCUAAAAUAAUUGGCAAUGGAGAUUGUGACAAUAAUUUGUGUUGUUCUUGUGGCGAUAAGUGCAGUGCUAAGCCAGCUGGAGGUCAGCUACGAUCCUCUAAUCGUCAGUAAAUCGGUCGUUUUAGCCAAGACACCUAAGCAAGUUUUCUACUAUGUAGCUGAUUUUCAUAACCAUAACAAGUGGAUUGGAGGGAUUAGCAAGACUGAAGAACUUGAUGGUUCUUUGAUGGGAGAAGGAAAGCUGUUCCAUCAAAUGGUUGAAACCCCUUUUGUUGGAGAGGUCAGACACCAGAUUGAGAUUCUUCAAUACAAUCCACCAUCAAAGGUCGUAUACAAUUCAGACAUGGAGCUGCUAAAGCCAAGAAUAGAGCUCGAAAUCACUCCUGGGAGCAAGGUUGGUCACACUAGGCUUACAUGGAAAACAUAUUCCAGGAGGAGAAGCUACUUAUUUUGUGUAACAGUCCUACCCAUUAGCCAGUACAUUAGCAAUGAAAACUUGAGAUCAACUCUGUUUAAUCUACGAACUCUUAUUCACUAAAGCCCGACACUCAAAUGCGUCAUACGACGAUCGUAAAACGAAUCCAACUCCUCUCCCUGUGAGCGAUAGACGAUGUGACACCGUCUACUGAUUGUCGUUGGCAGUCUGAACGGAAUGUCAUUAAAAAAACGAUAAGUUGCGUGCGCGUUGUGGUGUUGCGUUUUUUCAUAUAAUUGCAUCGUCCAAUGAGUGCCCUGCUUAAGGGUGAUUUUUUUUAAAUAUUUAUUAUUUUAAGAAUUAUCAAGUGAGUAGGAAACUACUUUUUCUGUGUUAGUUUAGUUUUGUAUUUGUUAUAUAAAUGCUGACCAUAAAGCUGUGUUCACACAAUAACAUUUUAUGUGACAAAUUUGAUAUUGUGGACACAGCUUUAAGGUUGGUGCACACCUGGCUAAAGGGGUAAUUAUUUUUAAUAUUUAAUAUUUUAAAAAUAUCAAGUGAGUAGGAAACUACUUUUUCUGUGGUAUGGAAGCUUAAAAGUGCCACCCAGAUGUUCAGAUGACAAGAUACAGGAUCUUGUCAUCUGAUCAUCUCUUUUAAAGGAUGUACACAUGAGGAGAUAGAAGAUCCAUGAUCUUGUCAUCUGAUCAUCUCUUCUAAAAGAUUUAGAUGUUACAAGAUUUAGCAUCUCUUCAUGUGAUCAUCUCUUCUGAAGAUGUAGACAUGACGAUAUCCAGGAGCUCGUCAUUUGAUAUUCUUUUCUACAGGAUGUAGACACGACGAGAUAAUUAUCUAGACAUCUGGAAUGGCACUUUUAAGCUUCCGUACUGUAGUACUUUAGUUUGUGUUUGUCAUAUAAAAGCUGACCAUAAAACUCUGUCCACACAAUGAAAAUUUAUGCACCCAAAACUACUUCUCCUCAACACUUAAUUACUGUAUACCCAAAUACAGUUUUUUUUUGUUUUUUUGUUUUUUUAAUAUAGAACACUGGCUGAAAUUGCUUCAAAAUUAAGAACAAAUAAAAAACAAAUUGAGGCUGGGGUAACAUGUCAAAUGAGGUUUUUAUUUUUUUUUAAAUAGAAAACCCCAAAAACCUUAUGUGCAGACUGUAGGUGGGACAUGUAAUACCCUCUAUAAUACAGUACAGUAGGUGUACCUACCUGCCAUUUGGGGCCAUUUUUACCAGGGUCUUUUUUUCUGGGGUGGUUUUUCCUGGGGCCAC